UGUAGGAACAACGCCAAGGAUGGGACGAGGAACUUUCGAAAGCGAUUGCAAUAGAAAUUAACAGGUUCAGAGACCUCCGGUGUAUCGGGUUGGGUCAUGGACUUGAUUGCACUCAUAGAAGAUUCCACAGACGACGAUAGUGAGAUUAAGAGUUAUAGUGACACUGGCGAUGGCAAUCAAAAUAUUGAUCAGACCACCAAUGGCGAACACAAUGCGUCCUCCAAAAUCAGAAGAAAGCGCACGGACAAAGUGUCACAUGAAGGAAGGGCGAAAGUCAUACGAAGAGGAUUGAUUGAUGUUGUCUCGUCGAGUAAGGCGAGAGAUUCCCGCGUGUUUUCGCGCUCCAUCCCACAUCGCAGGGGUCAUUGGGCUGGACACGUCAAGAUACCAAUCUUGAUGGCAUCCUCGCCAUCCGAAAACGACGAUCUCGAACCGUUGCGAAAGACAAAAACGAGAAACGUGGCAGCACUACAAAAUUUUCUUGAACGACGAGGCAUCUCCGGAACGAUGAUCGAGCACGAUAAUUUGCACCUGUCCCUGUCGAAACAUUUUUCGCUACAAAUUGCCAACAUCGAGCCCUUUGCCCGACGCCUCGGGGAGCUUUUGCAAAAUGAACCCAGUACGAGUCUUCAUGUGGAAACAAUGGUGGAACCAUGUCACGAAUCAAAUCUAGUGCAUGGGGAGUUUGUCGGGGAGAUAAUUGACGACAUAGUGCUGCUAAACGAAGAAAAGACAAGGUCGUUUUUCUGUUGGAGGGUACGUCCAAAUGUAACGCUGCUACGAAUCGUAGCCCAUGUUGAUGCUAUUUUGAAGAGAUACAACCAGCCAGUAUAUUAUCAGCCCGCCCACUUCCACAUUUCUUUUGCAUCCUUUGCAGGAAAUAUCAUAGAGAGUUUGAACAAAACUAAGGGCGAGUACGUACACUCAAGACUGGAUGUCGAUAGCGAACGAUAUUUUCAAUCACCGUCAAAUAAUGUUGUUGGAGCCAGUAUAAUAGGAUCCAAAAACGAGAGAGGAGUUGGUGACGAUGAUGACGAUGACGAUGACUCGGAGCAAACUGUUUAUAUCCUUCCUGUGCAUCACGUAGAAUGUACUCUGGGUACAACAAAGGAAUACAUCAUCCCACUUCGAACGUGCCAUCCAUUUUGAUACCUUUAUCUUAAAUACUUAUGAUCGAAACGAACUCCUUUAUCUUUUGUCCUAGUUACCCGGAAGUGUUCAGUACGUACAGUUACUCAUAGAUCUAUGAAUACUGUCUAUCGAAAAUGUAAUAAUGACUACUUGUGAUACAUUACAAUAUACUCAACUACAGUGC